AGGAGAUAAGACGCGAGCCAGAGCGAAGACAGAGAGGAAUAGAAGGUACCGUAAUGGCUUCAACCUUAUCAUGGGGCUCGGCCUGCUGCCCGCGGCCGCAUCGAGUCGGCGGAGGCGCGCGAAACGAGGGGCCGAGGAAUCCCAUCGAGGCCGGGAGGGUGAUGCCGAUACUCGCUCAGAAGAAAGCCAAGAAGAUUCGCAAGAUCAUCCUCAAGGAGGACGUCACGGAGCUGGGGAAGAAGGGGGAUCUCCUUGACGUGAAAGCCGGGUACUACCGCAACUUCCUGCUACCCACGGGCAGGGCUCAGCUCGUCACCCCUCUCUUGCUCAAGGAAAUGCGGAUCGAGGAGGAGAGAAUUGAGGCUGAGAAACAGCGGGUGAAAGAAGAAGCACAACAGCUUGCGCUGAUUUUCCAGACAGUUGGAGCAUUCAAGGUGAAACGCAAAGGUGGAAAAGGAAAACAAAUAUUUGGAACUGUUACUGCCCAAGACCUUGUGGACAUCAUAAAGGCACAACUAAACCGGGAUGUUGACAAAAGAAUCGUCACUCUUCCUGAGAUCCGUGAGACGGGGGAAUACAUAGCUGAGCUCAAGCUUCAUCCGGAAGUCUCUGCCGUAGUGAGAUUGAAUGUUUAUGCAAAUUAGCACCUUCAAUCGCACCGGAGACAGGGAGGAAAGCCCAUCCUUCAAAGAUGAAGUUGCAGAAGAACAGAUGGGGGUUCACAUGGAAGAGAGAGGCACAAUCCGAGCCACAUUUUGUUGAGCAGUAAUGUUUUCAACAGAUUUCCUGCAUUUUCUGUAAGGCUGCAAACUGAUACCUGACCAGCGGAAGGAUGAUCAUGUGAUUUAUGCUUAAAUUGCAUCUUCAUGUUA